CAGAAGUUUCAUUGGCUAAUUUUCCGUGAAUGGUGUGAAGAAGCACUAACUACGCCAUGGUGCUGUGGUUGGCAUUGUCAGUCGCUGUGGGCCUCGGAGUACCAUGCUCGCAUGCCUGCAAGAUUGAUCCUAAAGAUGCACUGUUCCUUGCAUCACCGAUUGGCCGUGCAACUAACUUUUUCUUCAAGAACUGCAGCCAUUACAUGCAAGAAGUGAAGCCGAAUCCACCGAACUACCUAAUUGUCGAGUUCUUGCGAAGCCUGUGUGACGCAGUCGACAUCUGCCAGGAGCGAUAUCCACAUAUUCCGUUCACCAAGCUCCUGUUCUGUCUAGAGGGUGUCUCCUGGGCGAAAUGGCUCCUUCACGGCGUCGUGCCAAUAAAGCAAAUGAAAGCGGUCGAAAAAAUGAUGAUCUGCGAAUAUGCAGUGGUAUCUUCUGCUACAGUGGCCAAGCACCUUUUAGUUUACGCAUUAAAAAUCAGCGGAUGAGCCACAACGUAGACGUCAGUUAUACUGGAAGGGGAUGGCUAUUGAAUAAUCUUGCUGCCCUAUGUGCUUCACCAAAUAGCCCGAACACAACCUUUCAGUGCACAGAGUAUCAUACUUGUAGCAGGGCCACAUUGUUUUAUUUCAUCGACCCUGGGCAGCAAAUAUGGCUCCCACCGCUACGCAGCAUAAAGAAAUCAUAAGUGAAA